AUGGACCAACUUACCGAAUUGACUGCCACAAUUGACGAGUAUCUUGAGAGUAAGUCAAAAGAUUCCAGAGAGAAGGUUAAGAAGUUAGUCAAGCAGCCGGCUUAUAUCAAGUUAUGGAUAUUUGAUCCUGAUUACAAGAAGACGGUAUCCUUGUUACAAGCACUGCUAGCUGAUGAGGAUCCCUUUCUAGCUGAUUUUGUUUUGAGCCACUUUUGCUCAGGUUUCACGGAUUUGCUGAAGUGGUAUAAGAAAAAUGGCUCGUCCACCAUAUCCACUAACCACGUUGUUACCUAUCUGCAACUUUUCAAUAACUUAAUUGACACCAAUUUUCACUCGAUUAAAGAGGACCUUGAGGGUCCAGUCAUGUCAAUGCUGUAUUUACUAAAUGAUGCUUUGGUCAGACCAGAUAUUUUACUAGUUUUGGCACACUUAAAACAGGUUGAUAAAAGGAUUUCCGAUUACUGUGAAUUUGAACGUACAGCUGAAUAUUAUGUGGAUAGUUUCUUGAACGAUGUGGGGUUACAGGAAUUGAACAGUUUCUUGUACGAAUGUGUUAGCCAUUUGAUAGUAAUUUUUCCCGAGACAGUUUCCAAAUACGCUAGUAAUGAAAGUUUUCUUCGGCUUCUAACCACUGAUAUAUCCAGGUUAACAACCUUAAAUGCAGCUGAGCUUGAGAACAGUUCUUUAUUACUGAAGAUACUCUACAUGCUAUCGAAUUUAUGUAUUGAUGAAUCCACCCGAAACCUCAUCCACAGUCAUUAUUCCCAGUUGUUGUCCAAGCUUCUUACUGUUUCGUUUUCAAAGAACGAACGAGCUCAAUUGAUACUCACAUUAACUGCGUUGGUCAUUGUGAAAACGUGGCAUAUGCCCUCAAUGGGAGACAAGAGUACGCAGCUCACCAUGACCUAUGAUAUUUUUAUUGCUGGUGUAAUUACUGAUGCUUCGACUGAGAUCCUGGAUCUGUCAUUGGAAGGACUUACGUAUCUAUCCAUCAAAGUUGAGGCCAAACGAAUGAUAAGGAACGAUGACGAUUUAUUAAUUACAAUAUUGCAAUUACUGAAAGAGAAGAAGAACCUCAAUUUGGCUUAUGGAAUCCUCAGCAUUUUGGAAAACGUCACCUCUACGAAAACUCCAGACGAAUCAAUUUCUAAAGUUCUAGAGGAUACCGAAAAAGAUGACCCAACAGAGAUACUCAACUUCAUAUUUCACAUUCUUGCCCAUCAAGAUUUAAUGAGUUCACUGCUAGCCCUUUUCAAAGAUGAAGCAUCUACCAGUUUGGUCCAUAAUUCAAUUAUUAAUCUGAUACACAACAUAGUUAUUUUCAAGGAAACCAGGUCGAUAGUUUUUGAACAAAAGGGGUUGGAUAUUCUAUUCUCCCACUUAAUAUCUACCAAAGAUAAUCAAGCUCAACUUGAAUCCCAGAUGGUAUGCAUUGAGUCAGUCUCUAAGAUCCUACUUACAAGCAACCCUGAGGUAGUUGUUGAAAAAUAUGAUCUGAUCCCAGUGGCCUUUUUGGUUCAACUAGUGCAGGCAUAUGAUCAUCAAAAGUAUCAGACAAGAUAUAAAACGAUAUUUGCCAUGCAUCUAGAAUCCCAGGUUGCAAAUCAAGCCGUUUUUGAAGUAAUUAUAUCACUUACGAAUUUGGCCUCAGUUCCAAAUAUGGAUUUGAAGAAAACCAUCAGCAAUGCCGUUUUGCCAAGUCUACCCAACUUCCUAAUUAGUGAAAUAUCCAGCAUACGUCAAUCAAUGUUGGAGUUACUAUCCAAUCUCAGCGACUGCCCUGACUGCUUACAAUACGUCUUCAAUUGGUCAAAACCAGACACGAAGAAGAACUACGAUACACUGUUGGAUUUACUUUACCAUCUGAGUACUGGUCCCUCCCAAAGCGCAAUACUAAGUUUCUUUGCUAAUGCUUCAGUUUACGAUUUGGUGGCUGAUGUACUGGUCGAAAAUAAAGAUUUCAUUCACUACUUGUCAAAAGUUCUAGACAAGCAGAGGUCGGAAGAACCAAUAGUUGAACGAACACUUUUCAUACUGAUCAAUUGCGGGCAAAUUUCCACCUCCAAGCUACGAGAAGCGCUUCCCAAGACUUUCAACGAUGUACUAAACGAAGUACUGCGUAAUAUUCGCUCCACAGAGCUGAGGAAAAUGUGUCUAGAAGUCGCUAGGUUAUCAAAAGGGGAAAACUAG